GCAAUUAGGCAACGAAACGGGGAUUAAAUAAAAACCAAGCGCGAAUCAAAUAUUGACUUAGAUACCUGUAGCCCAUUGUAUCGAAUUUGGUCAACUUUAUUUCGUCCUUACCAGUGAUUUGGAAACGUCAAUUUCUGUCUGAGAUAGUGUCAGCCCUACGUUAUCGAAACAAGCCAAGCCAAGAUGUUAUCAAUCCUCCGAAAAGCGCGGCUCAAGGACAAGGAGAUGAGAAUCUUGAUGCUGGGUUUGGAUAAUGCGGGCAAGACUACGAUUGUGAAGAAGGUGAUGAAUGAGGACGUCAAUACGGUUAGUCCGACGUUGGGCUUCAUUAUCAAGACUAUUGAAUAUGAUGGGUAUAAGUUGAACAUUUGGGAUGUUGGCGGUCAGAAGACGUUGCGAUCUUAUUGGCGAAACUACUUUGAGAAGACGGAUGCUCUCAUAUGGGUUGUCGAUGCGACAGAUCGGUUGAGAAUCGAUGAUUGCCGAGAAGAGCUUCAUGGGCUGCUGCAAGAAGAGCGUCUUUCGGGUGCGAGUUUGUUAGUAUUCGCCAAUAAAACUGAUGUGCAAGGAUGCAUGGAUGAGGCAGAGAUCCUCGAAGGACUACAGCUGGAGGCAAUCCGGACGCACCAGUGGCAUAUCCUGCGAUGUAGUGCCAUGACGGGGAAGAAUCUCAAGGAGGGAUUGGCUUGGGUUGUCGAGGAUGCUAAGGCGAGAUUGUUCUUAUAUUGACGGGAAUGUACAUGCAAUACAUGAUGUUGUGUUGAUAUGCAUAAUAGUAUGAGAAUAAUGAAAUAUGAUAUGAUUUCUAAGGGUUUCAAUUACGAAUCCUUCCCGUGAAAUAUUAUAAUCUGUUCG